UCAGUGUGCGGAUCGUUGUGCUACUUGUCACUUCCACGUUCAUCCGUUCGUCGAACAACUCGUCCGGAAUAUUAUUUUUUUUUGUAGUCUUUUUUUCUUCGGACCUUGACGUGUGAACGCGCGAAAAUACAAUGUCGGCAAUCUAUAAGAAGUCUAUGCUAUCGAUUGGCAAGUUCGUGCCCGAGAAGUUCCAGCCACUGUGGAAUCACCCAGCUGGUCCGCAGACUAUAUUCUUCUGGGCACCAGCUUUUAAAUGGGGACUUGUGAUAGCUGGCCUCGGUGAUUUGCAGAGGCCAGCGAAUCAGCUUUCUGUACGCCAGUCGGGCGCCUUGGCCGCUACUGGAGUGAUCUGGACCAGGUAUUCCUUAGCGAUCACCCCGAAAAAUUGGAGUCUUUUCAGCGUAAACCUCUUCGUCGCGAUAACAUCCAUAUAUCAAGUUACUAGAGCAUUAAAGUACCAACGUGAACAGGCAGCUUUAGCAGCGGCAGCACCGACGGAGGGAAAAUAGUAACUGAAUUCUUAUAAUCCACAUUCCUAGGAAUAACAAAUUCGUAAUGUAGUUAACUACAAUAUUAGGAAUAUCGACUUGCGGUGUAUAUACAAGCAUUACGUAAUAUCGAACAAAGGAGAAUUCACGCAUCAAGAAAUUACGCAAGUCUGUAAUAAUUAUUCGACAGGAUCUUUCAGUUAUUUUGGAGGUUCCACAUAGUAAGAUUGUAGAUAUCUCAAUUCAAUUAAAUACACAGUACAUAGUCAUAUAUUAAGCACGAAAUAUAAGCAAUCAUGGAAACACUAAAACAAAGAAUCAUGACAGAGGAAAAGUAAGCAAUUGUAAAUCAGGAAUAAAACGUAUGAAUGUCAACACUAAGGAAACUUCGUGCGCCAACAUUUAGGAAAUUUAAUACACCAAAGAUAGAACACCAAUAUUCAGGAAACACCAAAAGCAUGUCAUCGUCGCUCAGGAAAAUUCAUACACCAAUAACAAAAUAUUACUGCCUAGAAGGCAUUAAAACCUUAACGAUCACGUAAAAAUCAAAUGUUACUAUUAACAAAAUUUGAGAAAUUACAGAGUAGAUAUCAAUAGCGUAAAAUUCGAGUCUUUAAAAAUUAGAAAAUGUUCGUGCCAAACUGUGAUAUCGAACGUAAGGUGCUGCUCGUAUAUCUUUAUUCCAAUAGUAAUUCAUAAAUUCUAAAUCCUAGAAUAAGUACAAAUAUCAACAGAAAUAUAUAACAUGAUACCAAAAUUUAGUACCCCUAAUGGCAUACAUAGUAAACUGAAACACCAAUGAUAGUACACCAGUCUGUAGGAUAAAUGUACUAAACCUAAACAUACCUAACAAUAUAGGUAUGUUUGUUUAUGUAUAAAACUACCUCUGAAUAAUAAUGUACAAUGCCCAUUGUAACGAUUCGCAACACUGACGCUGAAUGAUUCGAGGCAGUAGGAAAUGUACAAAUUGUAUACCGAGUUCGAUAAAGUUAUAACUGCCUUGUAUAGAUGUAAUAAAAUAAUAUAUUUUUCUAUAAA